UGCUAUUCUGUGUAUUGGAUUUGAGAUAAAUAUUUGUUUUAUUGACAUAAAAUUGUAUCAAAAUACAAAUUCGUAUUAUUUAAAUGCUAAUCAGAAUCGUUAACUGCAACUUCACAAAAUAACUUUAGUGUUUUAAUUGUGAUUUACAUCGCAACAAACGAUAAACGAUGGGCAUGUCGCGUUGCUACGCCCUCAUUAAAUGUUUGCUGAUACUUUUCAACAUUAUUUUCUUGGUUGUUGGUCUUGGAGCGUGCGCUUUCUCAGGCUGGGCGUUGUGGGAGGGAGCGGGAGGUGUAGGCGCAGGAAAGGCAGGAUUGAGCUGCGUAGCGGUCUGGGGCGCAGUACUAGCCCUAGGCGCUGUCGGAACUCUCCGAGGCGUCUGCGGUGCAGGGCAUGCAGCAGCGUUACGCGUAGGCUUAGCAUUGCUGGCGCUGGCUUGCGCAGCAGAGGCAGCAGCUGCUGCCUGGGGUGCUGCUCAUGCCCCACAGCUGAGACAGGCACUUCGUGAUAGACUAAGAGACACAAUAACUCAUGACUACGGACUUGUGCACUCACAUACGCAUAUGCUAGAUGUUAUACAGCAUGAGUUGCAAUGCUGUGGUGCGGAGAGUGUGCGUGACUGGCAGGAGGCAGCGUGGGCGGGUGGCGACGUCGCCGAGCCUUCCCCACGAGGCUCUCUUGACUUGUCAGUCAGUGCUCCUGCCUCUUACUAUUGGGUGCCCACCUCUUGCUGUGCGACGGAUGAUCCAUUCGAGUGCGAGACAUCGCGUCGUAUAGCGACAGCAUCACGCGGUUCUCCUGGUUUGUAUACAGUAGCAUGCGCGCCGCGCGUGCUCGCCGAGCUUGCUCGUGUGGCGCGCGCACCACUAGGUAUUGCUGCCGCGCUGCUCGCCGCGCACGUGCUCGCGUUAUUGCUCGCGCUCGCGAUCGCAGCACGACCGAAACAUGAUACUAGAUAUAAAGCAUAGACAAUGAUUGGAGUUACUUUGUAUAAUGAUGUGACUGUUGACACGGAUGUAUAAAUCAAAAGAAUUGAACCAGUACUUUAUCAUAUGCAGUCACUAAGUCUAAGCGUACUUGCAUCAUGAAAAUAGCUAAAAAUAUUAAGA